AGUGUGGAAGUCACAAGCCUUUCAGUUGUAUGGAGGGAAAUAUUAACGUUGUGUUUUGUGUGAACUCGUAACCGACACUUAGUGAACUAAAAACGGUAAGCACCCGUAAAGUGCCAUCAAAGACUUUAUUUCACUUGGUUGUGUUGGCUAAUUUAGCCAUAUUAACUGCCUCGGCUAAUACAGAGCUAACGUUAGUUCACGCUAGCACAGCGCCAUUAGCCUGAUGUUAAGCCACGUGUUGAUACAUUUUGAAUGUUUACAUGCUCAACUCAUAAUUACACCUUUUAGGAAAAAAAACAUAACCAGACAAUUAUAUUUCUUCCCGUUGCUAAAUAGGUAUUAAGAAAAGGUUGUGGUAAAUUAGCCUUUAGCCACCGCUGUUUGAUGGCAGUGCAGUGAGCAGUCGUUGGAUGGUGCUGUUCAGCUGCUGUUUUGAGUUUUUUUUACUAUGGACUAUAACAAGAACAAUUAUGAUGAUGCUGAGGAAGGCAGCAAAGAUGACCUUUUCUUUAUAGAGGACUGUAAUAGUUCAGACGGAGUAGAAGAGAUCAAGUUCAGUCGUCAGAAACAACACAGCAGUUGUAAACGAGCUGAUCGGCUCAGCAGGGAAAGCUCUCCCCCGCUCCUCCUGUUCAACAUCACCUCUGGACGCGCGCGGCAGCUCAGCAGCAGGAGUCCUACUUCCAGUUUGGAGGAACAGGAUGAGGAGGACAGUGGUCAGCCCAUCGAGGAGUGGAUGAUCCUUGGAGGAGAGGAGCAAGUGGGAGACUCAAGCAUCCAUCUCAACCUGAGCUACUGGAACAGCUCUCAGGAUGACCUCGGAGAUGAAGAUCAGACUGUGGAAUCAGUGAAGGAUACCUGGGCUGUAUCAGAGAAAGACAAGUGGGGUGCUGAUCGGUCUCUGCCAAGCCGCUAUUUUGUGGCUGGUCGUUCUCUGAUCUGUAACAUCUGCAACAGGACGGGUCACCUUGCCAAAAGCUGCUACUACCACAAGAAAUGCCCCACCUGUAUCCUUUGUGGGAUUCAGGGCCACAUCCAGAGGGACUGUCCGGGCCGCCGCUGCCCCAGCUGUGAACUGCCUUCACAUCGCCUCAGGCCCUGUGAAAGGCCCCCGGUGUGGAACCAACACUGCCAGCGCUGUGGGAUGUUGGGGCACCUCUCUGAUGCCUGCCCCGAUACAUGGAGACAGAACCACCUGACAAUCCGGUCAGAGCUUCCAGUCAGGCCAUGGACAGUUCACACCCUCAAACAUAGGAAGUUCCCCGCUAAUUGUUACAACUGCUCUAAGAGGGGACAUUAUGGUUAUGAGUGCACUAAGAGGAGGAUGAUCAGUGGGACCUUUCCUUCACUGCCCUAUGUUUGCCACUAUGACACCAUGGAGGACGUCCUUCAAUGUCGUACCAGGAAGCAGAAAAGAGCCAAAGAGCUUUUCAAUGCUGGAUCCGUGCCUCUCUCAAACCAGCAGCACUUGUCUGAAGCAACAGGUGAGAGCGGUGAGGAGAAUCAGCUGGUCCAGGGGAGGAGCAGGACAAAGCAGGAGACCUGUAGUCGGGCUGGCGGGAGGAAGAAGUGGCCAGAGAGGCGCAGAGAGAGACGGGAGGUGAAGAGGCUUAGGAGAGAGGCUCAAGCCAGGCGAGAAGGAGGACUACUGGGGAAAUCCCGGAGGAACUUUGAUGAUGAAGUUUGCCCUGCAGACCCCUUCAGGUCCGCACUCCACGGACACAAGCAGUCCACACCCUGUCCACAGAAGAAGAGGAGGGAUGAGGAAGCUGGCAGGAGCAGGAAGAGCAGAGAGGCCGAGAGGUGGAAGAAGAGAGGAGGGAUAAAACGUGGGGAUUUAUAUCCUCAUGUUGACGCAGACAUCAGUGCCGAAAACCUUCUUUCCCCAAAACAAAGAGUACGCCACAGACGAAGAUGAAGUGUGAUUGUUUUAUAUUUAGUAAAACAAAAUUCAAGGAGUAACAAAUUUCACUGGAUAACAAAAAUACUUUUGUCUUUGAUUCAUUAAUUUUUUGUCAAAUUAGAAAACUGUAGAAUAGCACAUACAGUUGACGUUGCUCACAUUCAGUUUAGGUGGUAUGAAUGUACUUUUGUACUUUACUUUAUCUACUGCUCUUAUACUAGCUGGGCCAAAUGUUAUGUAUGUAAAGUUUUGAAAACAUACAGUAUUUUGGAAUAUGUUUUUACACAAUAUGCCUGCUUUUUUGGCUCAUGUAGCAUGUUGUAGGGGGUGGUUUGUUAUCCCCCUAAAUAUAAUGCUAGUUUUACAGUACCAUUAAAAUACUUGAAAUCAGGUCAAAGGCACAGAACUGUGAUUGGACUUUGUAAAGAGUAAUAUUUAUAUUGUAAAUGACAAUAAACAUGGAUUUCC